ACACCAACAACACACGUAUGAUCCCUUUCCACCCUCUCGCUCUCGAGUAUGGAGAACUGAGAGAAUAAGAGGCAUUCCACGACCUCAUUGCAUAUUUAUACAUGGAAGGGCGUGGCUUCGCGACUUUGUUCAGCCAAUGGCAUGGCAACGGCGGGGCGAAGGCGUUUCGAUAUGUUCGGAAGAGAAGUUCUCUAACAGCGCGAGCCCAGCACUGCUCAGAAAAGACAGAUAGAGAAUCAGGCGGCUGCAAAGGGUGGCAGUACGACCCUCUUUUGGGGGGGUCUGAUUAUAACAAAAUAUAUACACACAUAUAUGCAUGCCCAGGGCCGCAAGAUAGACACGUCCGCUUCUAUGAAUCAGCGCACUUAUUUGGGUACGACGUAUCUGGACAUUGCUAAAGGCGCGGUUGAGAUCUUUAUGAAGCUGCGUGCCCGAGACCCGGCUAGUAGAGGCGACAGGUACAUGCUAGUUACAUUUGAUGAUCCACCACACGGCGUAAAGGCGGGUUGGAAAGAGAAUCAUGCAACAUUCAUGAGUGAGCUGAAGAACCUGCAGGCGUCUGGAUUGUCUACACUAGGUCACGCUCUCCGCGCUGCCUUCGACCUGCUUAAUCUCAACAGAUUAGUCUCUGGCAUCGACAACUAUGGACAGGGUCGCAACCCUUUCUUUUUGGAGCCAUCAGUCAUUAUUACGAUUACAGAUGGAAACAAACUGACGCACAGCUCUGGGGUCGCUGAGGAGCUACACCUGCCAUUGAAUUCUCCAUUGCCGGGCAGUGAGUUGACUAAGGAGCCGUUUCGCUGGGACCAGCGACUAUUCGCCCUGGUGCUUCGUAUGCCGGGUCUGGCUGUGCCCGACAGUGAGCAGCUGGGCAGUGUGCCCACCGACGAGUCUGCUAUCACUCAGAUGUGUGAGGUCACUGGAGGCCGUUCUUACUGUGUAAGGACACAACGGAUGCUGAACCAGUGUCUUGAGUCUCUCGUCCAGAAAGUUUUAAGUGGAGUUGUAAUACACUUUGAGAAAAGCGGUCCAGAUCCACCUGCAAUAGGUGAAGAUGGUUUGGUUGAACCAGCCCGUCCUCUGACCACCUUCAGUCCACAACCCUGGCACAGCUGCCACAAGCUCAUUUAUGUCCGACCCAACCCCAAGACGGGGGUACCUGUGGGUCACUGGCCAAUCCCAGAAUCCUUCUGGCCGGACCAGAACUCUCCCAAUUUGCCACCUCGUUCUGCCCAUCCUGUGGUGAGGUUUUCCUGUGUCGACUGUGAGCCGAUGGUUAUCGACAAAUUGCCUUUUGACAAAUACGAGCUGGAGCCUUCGCCGCUAACACAAUACAUCCUGGAGAGGAAAUCUCCUCAUAUGUGCUGGCAGGUGUUUGUGAACUGCAGCGGUAAACACAGUGAACUUGCCCAUCCAUUCGGUUACCUGAAAGCCAGCACUACGCUCACCUGUGUCAACCUUUUCGUCAUGCCUUACAACUUUCCUGUUCUUUUGCCGCUCCUCGAUGAUUUGUUUAAAGUGCACAAGCUUAAGCCAAACCUCAAGUGGCGACAGGCCUUUGAAAUGUAUCUGAAGUCCAUGCCACCUUACUUUCUCUUGCCUCUCAAGAAGGCACUGAGGAUGAUGGGAGCCCCGAAUCUCAUCUCUGACAACAUGGACUGUGGCCUAAGUUACAGUGUCAUUUCCUACCUUAAAAAGCUCAGUCAACAGGCAAAGAUCGAAUCGGACCGUUUAAUUGUGUCUGUCGGAAAAAAGCCUCCAACAGAAACUGGCAUUAAGGUGAAGAACCACUCGAGUGCCCUGUCUCUGGCACACCGCCGGGAUUUUAAGCAGCUCCUGCAGGGCAUCACGGGCGAGGUUCCCCUCCGGCUCAUCGACAUGAAUUUCAAAGAGUUUGCUGGUUUCCAGAUUGCACUGCUUAAUAAGGAUUUAAAGCCUCAGGCCUUUCGGAAUGCCUAUGAUAUUCCACGACGGAAUCUUCUUGAUCAAGUGACCCGAAUGCGGUCCAACCUUUUGAAGACAACACAAAAGCUAAUUAGAGGCCAAGAUGAUGAUUCCUUACACAGUAUUCCAGUGGCGCAGAUGGGAAAUUAUCAAGAAUAUCUGAAGAUGAUGCCAUCGCCUCUGCGUGAGCUUGAUACGGAUCAGCCCAAACGACUGCACACGUUUGGCAACCCGUUCAAACAGGACAAGAAGGGAAUGAUGAUAGACGAAGCAGAUGAGUUUGUAGCAGGUCCACAGAAUAAGAAGCGAGGGAACACGGGCGAUCCGAACUCGGGGGCGGCCCUAAAGAGGCGGAGGAGCAUGUCCCCUCUGCUGCGCCGGCCUCAAACACCUCCCAUAAUAACAAAUCACGUACUGGGCAAGGGCCCUACAGGGACACAGGGCCAGCAAGGAAUCAUCAAGCCCAUUCCACUCCACAAAGGAACAGAGGGAAACAGUGUAGUGAGCACAGAAAGUAAUGGCGAGCAAGUGCCGGUCGGGGAGGCUGGAGACGGGUGGCCAGGAGGAGUGGAUGGCGUUGAAGGCUUUGCCCCUCCAGAGGAGAGUGAAGAGGAGGAGUCACCAGAUGUUGGCGAAGAGAGAAUGGGCUUGGAGAACUGUGUGGAUGAGAUACCCUUUGAUAACACACCGAACUGUGAGGACCUGAGUCCUCCAAGCCAAGAGGAGGCGAUGGAGGGCAACGAAUGCGACACUCCGGCACAGGGCACGAUCCUUAUGAUUCCCCUGGAGGGCAGUAACGCUGAGCUGCGUACUCGAGUCAUGAAAGAGGUCCGCAAGCCUGGCCGCAAUUAUGAGGCAAUAUUCAGAUUACUGGAGGAGGUAAAAGGGCCAGCAUCAGUUCAGAGGUACUUCAUUCAUCAUGCCAUCAAAGAGGCAGCCAGGUUUAAGAAACGUGUGCUGAUCCAACAGCUUGAGACCGCUCUGGAGGAGAUCGAAGACAGCCAGGUGUUGCCUGCACAGCUCAACAACGUCCACGGCAGAUAGUGAGACACUCAACGGAGAGACACACGAGAAGCAACGUGGCCGUGCCAGCCGAGCACCCGGGUUUGUGCUUUAAGAUGAGCUGUAGUGAGGAAGAGUAGGAAAUAUGGCCACAUUUUGGUCCAGAGUUUGGUACGGUGCUCACAAUGGAGGGAGGUAUUCGAGGUUUGACAGUGAAUCACUGUCAAUUCCCAAGAGAUGGCCUGAAGGAGACCAUCAUUUAACCAUAAAAGACUAAGCACACUCCAGAAAAGCCAAGCCUCUCACACUGUGUAAAAUUACAGGGUUAUACAAGGCGGAGGUCAGUAUCUGUUAUGCGAAGCAAUGUCUGUAGAUUUUGUCUGUCUGAUGUUUUUGGCAUCGAGAACAGUGUGGAAAAUCUCUGUCGGAUUUGUGUUUGCAUGAAAUGCCCACAAACCAAUGGGUUCAACAACAUAGUUGGACCUUUAAAGCCGUCUGGAGAACUACACUAUAAUAGCAAUAACAAUCGUUAGUAUGCCAAUAUACAAAUGUUCCCCCCAAACACAUGCAGUUUUUCUAGUUGCAUAUCUUUCAUCCAGUCAGAUCUUUAUGAAGGUCUUUGUGAAUUUGUGGAUACAGUGUGAAAUCUUAUCUGGCCUGUUCUUGUAUACUGUAUGUGGUGAUAUGUAAUGUCACAUAGAUUAGUGUCAUUCAGAUACAUUUCAACAUGCAGUGUCCUGCAAGCAAUAGUGUCUAAUAAAAUCAUCACACCCACCUUGAACGAAAAAUAAUCGCCACACUAUUAAGAAAUGUCAUGUUUGAGUAAAACCUUGAUCAACUGGUCAAACGCAUUAAAAGUUUUGAUUCUGUCCAAUAUCUGAUCAUAAUGUAUUAGCAAGCAAUGCACCUGCCCAUCUGAGGCAGACGUCACAAGACUCAUUUCACAGACGUACGUUACAUUAGUAACCCCAUUUUUGUUUGUUUUUAAAACAGAUGUAUACUACUUUUUAAUGUUCAUAAAUAAUAUAGAUUAUUUUUGGAUGGUAUUCCUACAUAAAAUAUUUUAAGAAUUGUAUAAAACAUUUUGUAAGCUGAUGUUAUAUAGAAAAGUUUUAUGAUUUUUUUAUGAAAAGUAUAAAAAAAAUAAAAAUGACAUGAUGAUUUGUA